CUUUCGAAACGUUCCAUUGUGAGGAGCUUCCAUUGUGACGUCUCGGCUUCGGCGCCGCUUUAUCUGUCCAUAUAUGGGCAGCUACGUCACGGAGCUUUCCCGUCGCUCACAUAAAUAGGCUGGCGGAUUUCCCUGGUUGAGCAUUUGGGCUGCAGUGAGGGAACCUGCUGAACGAGCGAGAGAAGAAGGCAGGGAAGGAAAAGCGAGGCCGGGGAGGAGGAGGAGGGGAGGCAGGGAGGGAUUAAAGACUCCCACCAUCUUCUGCCAUCACAUCUGCAAAGCAGAUCGGGACUCCCACCUCCUCCCUUCAGGAAACACCUCCGGGGAUCCACCGAGGAUUGCGCGCCCCCACCGACCACCCACCUUCCCACCCUCCUCCGCCAACUGGCCCCCUCCCCCGGGCCCACAGCGCCUUCUUUCCUCCCCCAGCAGCGCCCCCCUCGCCGCCGCAACUUUUCUCUCGCAUGGUCUCCUUCGCACGGAUUUGCCACGCGGAUGCCGCCUUGUCAGGAGCGGAGCUCGGAGCCGCUUUGAACCCGCCGCCGAAGCAGCCGCCGCAGCAGCCUCCUUCUCCUCUUCCUCCAGUGCUAUGACAGGCAAACUCGUGGAUAAGCUGCCAGGGACCAUGAACACUUUGAUGAACCAGUUGCCUGACAAUUUGUACCCCGAGGAGAUCCCCAACUCUCUGAACAUCUUCUCCAGCAACGGCGAGGCGUCGGUGGCUCACUAUAAUAACCAGAUGGCGACAGAUAAUGUUAUGGAUAUUGGCUUAGCCAACGACAAGUCCGGCCAAGACCUGUCGUCGUACUCGGGCUCCUUCCAGCCCGCCCCCGGCGGCAACAAAACGGUGACCUACCUGGGCAAGUUCGCCUUCGACUCGCCGUCCAACUGGUGCCAGGACAACAUCAUCAGCCUGAUGAGCGCGGGCAUCCUGGGGGUGCCUCCGCCGCCGCCGCCCUCCUCCAGCGCGCAGGCCUCGACGGGCAGCAUGGUGCAGGUUCAGAGCCAGGGCGACGUCGAAGGCAUGUACCCAGCGCUGCCCCCUUACUCCACCUGCAGUGACCUUUACGCGGGCGAGCCGGUGCCCUUCCACGACCCGCAGGGCAACGCCGGCCUCUCCUACUCGGCGCAGGAUUACCAAGGGGCCAAGCCCGGCGGCGGCGGGGGCGGGGGCGGCGGCGGAGGCCUGGAGAGCAACCUCUUCCCCAUGAUCCCGGACUACAACCUCUACCACGGGCACCCCAACGACCUGGGCAGCCUCCCCGAGCACAAACCUUUCCAGAACCUGGACUCGAUCCGGGUCAACCCGCCGCCCAUCACCCCCCUGGAGACCAUCAAAGCCUUCAAGGACAAGCAGAUCCACCCGGGCUUCGGCAGCCUAGCGCAGCAGCAGCCCCCGCUCACGCUCAAGCCCAUCCGGCCGCGCAAGUACCCCAACCGGCCCAGCAAGACGCCCCUGCACGAGCGGCCGCACGCCUGCCCGGCGGAGGGCUGCGACCGGCGCUUCUCGCGCUCCGACGAGCUGACGCGGCACCUGCGCAUCCACACGGGCCACAAGCCCUUCCAGUGCCGCAUCUGCAUGCGCAGCUUCAGCCGCAGCGACCACCUCACCACGCACAUCCGCACGCACACGGGCGAGAAGCCCUUCGCCUGCGAGUUCUGCGGGCGCAAGUUCGCGCGCAGCGACGAGCGCAAGAGGCAUGCCAAGAUCCACCUCAAGCAGAAGGAGAAGAAGGCCGACAAGGGCUCGGCGGCGGCUGUCAGCGCGCCCGGGGGGGCCGGGCCGGGCGGCUCGCCCGCCGUCUCGUCGCUGGCCCCCGUGGUCACCACUUGCGCGUGACGCUGCUCCCGCCCCGCCGAGCCCCAGUGCCUCUCCAGCGCUGUCUUUCGUGCCCACCUGGCGCAAAACCCGCCGAGCAGCGGCGGCGGCGGCGGCAGAAGCUGUUGGCCUCCCCAGGCUCCCGCGAAAGGGAUGCCUUUGCGCGCAAGCCUCUCGCCGCCGCCAAGCUGGUGGUGGGAGGAAGCCUUGAACUUUCCGCCGGAUCGUCUUGAUUCUCAGCGGCUUAGGAGAGGAGGGCAAGCGGGGACUGAGCCACUUCUCCCGGAGGAGCUGCCCUGGGCAUGGGGUGCCUGGGGGGGAAGCUCCGUCUGGCACGUGUGAAAGGGUAGCGGAUGGACAUGGGAAAACUUCCCUGGAUUCCUCUCCCCCUACCCCAACAGAUGCCCUUCCUCUGAUCUUCCUCCUUCUCCCUCGAGGGAGGGGG